GUCAAACAGUUUUACAAUAGUUUUAUUUAAUUAUUACAUAUUAUCACAAUUAUGGCAGAGAUUUUAAAGGAGUGGCUGUCAAAAAGAUUACAACGUCCUAUAAAAUGGGAAGCUGAAGAAUUUGGGGACAUCAUGAAGAAUGGAUAUAUAAUAUCCUGUGUACUGAGAAGUUACUAUGUUAUCGACGACGAGAAACAUUACCUGAUGAGAUCUAGUAAUUUAAAGGAAGAUAUAACAAGCAAUUGGAAACUUUUGAGGGAAUGGUUACGAGGUAUUGAAAUAAAUUUGAGUGACACAGAUUUAACGAAUAUUAUGAAUGGAAAAGGUUCUGCACUACUUCGUUUAUUCUAUCAACUGUUCCUUCAUUUGGAUAAACGAGAUAGGAUAAAUUUUAUCAAAGAAGAAAGGAAAAAAGCAUCUGCCUUAGUAGAAAAGUUGGAUCAUCGAUUCACAGUCAAUAAAGUGGAUGAAGAGCGGCCAUCAGUUGUUGAUGACCUUUCGAAACCGCUUCUAGAUCAAAGACAAUUUAUUGACUGGCAGAGAAAGAAGGCCAAGGAAGUACAAGAAAUUUACGAUUUUAUAAGACACAAAUACUCCAAGAUGCUUUCAAGAAUAGAUGAAUCUAAAACUCCCUUUCAGAACCCCCCAGUUAAGCCGAAAAAAAAACCGAAUAAAGACAAAAAGGAAAUGGAUAAAUUUGAAAAAAGAUAUCCUUGUGAAUUUCAUAACUACACUUAUGAGGAAUUAUUAAACUUAGAAGAAAAGGCACUUGAAAAAAAAAAUUCACUUAUAGAUACAGAAUGGGCUAAAAACUAUAUGGACAACUUAUUUACGCGAAUGCAUAACAAAUCGGAUUCAGAAGAGUUCCAGAAGCAAUUGAGAAACGUUUUGAGCGGCUCAUUAUGGGACCUUUCAGUUGCUGAAGAAGAAUCAAAAUUAGAUACCGAUCUUGCAAAAACAGUUAUGAAACUGUCACAAUUUGAAAAGCAAAUGUGUACUCAAAUAAUGGAGACUAAACAACAGGCCCGAAACUUAGUAAAAAAUAGAAUUUUAGGUGAAGUCGAAUUCGCUGAUCAAAGAACACAACAAUUUAACCAGUUUCUAGAUAACGUUAAAGAAGAAAUUAAUUUGGGUGUAGCUGAAAUAGAUUUUGAAAAACGGAGGCAAGAUAUGUUACAUCAAAGACUAUAUGCUGAGAAAAUGAAAAGGAAAAGGCAACAUUACUAUGACAUAUGUUACGAUACUAUGCUGUCCAUUGUAGAUUAUGCUACGAAGUACGCUUACUUUAAAAAACUAUUAGGAGAUGAAAUACCGGAUCAUUUUAUUCACGAGUGGAAAAUUCUGUAUUUCAAGAAACAACCUAUCUUCGAUUUGCUUAGUCCCAUGGAAGAAAUUUUAAAAGAUGUAGAAUUUGAAGCAGAGAAAACUCCUGAUGAGGAAGAAAUAAUACGUUUAGAGUUAGAUAGACAAGAGGCUUUAAAUGAAGAGGAAUUUAUCGAAUAUCACAAUUACUUACCACCAUGGAAAUUAGAAUUGUUAAUACCAAACUAUGAUAGUGAAUGUGAAGAUAGAAAAUAUGAAUAUUUGGGGUCAAGGAUUCUAGGACAUUUAAUCUAUACUUUACUCGAAAUAAAGUACCCUUAUCCACCACAAAGACCACCAGCUGAGUUACCAAAUUUUUUUGCAAAAGCCAUUUUACGGGGGCUCCCUGAUAGAUCUAUAACAGUUGCUAUGCAGAUAUUAUUAAAUACUCAAAAAAUACACGUAGUUCGAUUGGAAUCGGCUAUAAACUUCUGUUUAAGAAAGUUCAAAGUUGAGAUGAUUGGUUGCACUGACAUAGAACUGUCAUUUGAUAAAUUUAUCGCCGCUGCUCAGGAGGAAGAGACAAGGGAAUUGAUAAAAUUGGUGAAAACUGAAGAUGAAAUCAUAUGCAAAAGUAGCGAAACCAACUCUUUAUUAUUGCUAGGACCUACACCAGCCAAUACGAAGCAGACCCAAACACCAAAAACUAUACCAGAAGAAGACAUAACUUUGUCAACUGCAGCAGAACUUGGUAGAUAUGCGUACGAAUCAUUAAAUUUUGGCGAUACACUUACAGAUCACUUACUUUCAGCCAUGAUUGUUGAGUACAUAAAAGAUCAAGAGGAUAUUAAUGGAUUUGUUAUAAUAAAUUAUCCAAAUUCUUAUCGUGAAGCACAAAUUUUAGAGGAAACUUUUUCUGGUCGUCCACCACCAGAUGAAGGUGAAUUAGACGACAGAGAUGAUAUUUAUCUGGAAGAAAGUAUUAGUAAACAUAGGAAAAAGGAGAAAGACCCCUUCAAAGAUAUUAGAAUUUCAAGACUAGUUAAUGAUCCUCACAAAAAAAGGCUUGACAACCCGUUUACUAGUUAUUUCACAUGUUAUCUUAAUUUGAAAGAAACAGAAAACAUCUUACAUGAAAUAUUUAUCUGGAAUUUGGCUGAAGAUAAUUCUGAGUUAAUAGAUAGAUUUUAUGCUGCUCUAGGUAUCAAUUACAGCAUGUAUUAUGAGGUGAUAGAAAAAGACCAGCUGGCUUUGAUAUGCAAAUAUAUAAUUGGAGAUUUUACUAUGCCUCUCAAGUCUUACGACAAUUUGUUUGGAGACAACGUUUUAAGCGUUUUAGAAUUUCCUACUUCAGAAGACAAAAGAACAAAAUCAAAAGUUGUGAAACCAGAAACAUCCAAUGGCAAAUCUAAAGAAAGAUUACGGCGAAGUUCUAAAUUAAGUAAAAUAUCUUUUACUAAUGAUUUGGAAGUAGUGAAAGCCCCAGAGUCUUUAGAGGAAGUUCAUGAUGAUAUAACACGUAUAGAAAUAAUCGAAGAAGAAGAAUUUCAAAGUAAAACAUCGUCAGGUGUCUUUAGUGUGGAAGAAAUCAAAUUGUUAGCGGGAGAAGAAGAUUGGGAUUAUGGUGAAUUACCUAUACCAGAAAUAAUAGGAGUGGCGUUAGCCACAUGUUGGGAAGUCAUAGAAAAGUCCUAUAUUAACGACAUAAAGCAAUUAUUAUUCGGAAAAAGAUUGCAAAUGAACUGUCUUGUUCCAUAUACAAGGUUCAUAAAGGAUAAAAUGGAACAAAUUAUAACGCUACCAUCAAAAAAACAAGAUUUAAUCAGCGAUUUCCAAAAAGAAUAUAAUGAUUUUGAAAACGAUUGGCGAGAUGUACAUUCAACUAAAAAUGAAUGGCAUUGCAGGAUUAAAGAUUUGCAACACCAUCUAUACCGUAUAUGUGACGAAAGAAAGUUACAUGCUGAACAACAACGAAAAUCACUUAUUUGUGAAAAUUGGGCUAUGGAGGAAUUGACCUCUAUGGUCAAUACCUACAUAUCUUGUAUGCAAGCUGAAUUAAACAGAUCUAUUUUAACGUAUCAAGCGUUGCAUGAUUUCUACUUCACAAUGAUAAAACGUUCUCCACCAAAUGACAGAUUGUCAUCUAAAGAAUUAACAAAACUUUUAAAGGAAAGCGACGAAAGCUCUGGAAACAGAAAAGGUGGUGAGGAUAAAGUGUUCAGACAACUUAAAUCUGCAUUCCUAGACUUGCAACUACGAAAUAUAGAAAUUGAUUAUACUAACAACCCCUUUAAUACUAUUAUUGACAAUAAUAUAAAAUUUGCUCUUAAAAUAAUUAAAGACACCAACGACAACUAUAGGUCCAUUAUAAGUCGUGAGUAUAGUGAAAUAGCUAAAAUUGUUCCAACUGCAAAGAAAAAGGAUGAAAGCACAUCUGAAGAUUCAAUACAUACUGAAAUGAAUUUUAAAGACAACGCUUUGAAGUGCAUUGAAGAAUGGACUAUGGGAAUAAAUGGGGAAAUGUUCAGAGCGGAUUUACGACUGCUCGCAAUACAGUAUAUGUGCUAUAAAGAUAUGAAAUUGUUUAAUGAUCAAGUUUAUAGAACCUUUACGGAAAUUCAAGAAUUUAUAAACAGCUACUACUUAAAUGAGAUAAAGUCAGUGGAUCGGCUAUGCAAAUAUUUACAAAUGGCAGUAGAAGACGGGAAAAAGGUUCCCGAAACGCUUAUUCUAGAACAAGACACUUUUAUAAUAGAUCCUAAUCUAAUUCAGUUUUCUGAGCCAGAACCAGAAAGAGAUACUGGAAUUUUAAAGGAAUUCGUUAAUGAAACAGAGUUUAAAGUUGCGCAGCUAGCAAGAUUACGAACUCAAUUCAAAAUUGUGGCUCCGAAGGGAAUAAUUUUAUUACAAGCUUUUAUAUAUUUGAUACAGGACUUUAUAUUCUUCGGAAAAGAAUCAUGUGAAGGUCCCAUUUUUCCGGAUGCAUGGAAACAGGUGAAUCCAGAGCAAAUUCCAAAAUUAGUGUAUACCAUGUUUGGUGAUACAGUUUAUGUCGAUUGGCGGGAUUUUCUUAUUUACUGUCUUAACAUUAGAUUUCCUACAAUAGAUGAAUUAUUGAUACUGCGAAAAACCUUUCGUUGUAUUGAUCUUGAGUCAACAGAGACAAUUUCUAGGCAAGAUUUCGUAUCUGAGAAACUUUGGUUCGAAGACGAUUUUGAUUUGGAAGAUACUCAAGCUGUAUUGCGAAUCAACUUGAUCAAACAUUUCGUAUUUGAGCUUUAUGAAAUUGCUGAGGAUGUUAUGAAUUAUUCUGCUUUCCUGCUAGCACUUUGUAAAAGUUCAGAUCCUGUUGAGGGAUUUGCUAUGGCUUUAUCUAUGGCUGUUGGCAAAAAGGUUUGCUAUUUGAUGGAAGAAUGCCAUGAAGUUGUAUGUAAGCUGAUCAAGGAAAAGAAAUAUCGAGAUGAAUGCUACACCUGUGCUCUCAAAUGUACUAACCAAUUCUUGGAUAAGGUUAUUGCGAAUGUGAUUAGUACUUGUGAAGGUACCACUAUUAUAGAAUUAGAGUAUUCAGAACCACUACCGGAGACCGAUAAGAAAGGAAAAAAAGGUAAAGGUCAAAAAGCUAAAAAGAUUGAAAGCACUCUCAGUGCUAGGUUACCAAAACUGCAAAAAAGUGGCAUCAGUCGUAGUAAGAUCACGCAAUCUGCAAUUAACGUGAAAACUACUUUUAUUUGUCCGCCGUGUGAAGAAGACACUGAAAUAACUGAGGAGAAGCCUCCGGAGAAAGAAGAAGUGGAAGAAGAACAAAAAUAUGAACCACAAGUAGAUGUGAAUUUAGCUUAUACUAUUAGUCAAGCUGCUUUGUGGAACGUGUUAAAAAUAUGCCUGCCGUGGCAUUUUGAGUUAAUACCAGAAGUAAAAGUGACUCCAUAUCUUGAACAAGUGAAUGCAGUGAUAAAGGAAUUAGAAGUUUACACAGAUAAUAAAGAUAUAUAUGUAUGCAAGUUCGUAAAAGAUCCAAAUGUUUGCACCAUUAUACACAAAUCCAAAAAAUUUGAAGCUCUUAAUCUAGCGCAAGAAAUUAGGAAAAUCAUUAUGUAAAAAUAUUCAAUGAUAUCAUUUAUUUAAAGCUUCAUACAUUUUCUUAUAUAUAAUUUAAUAUAUUAUUGGAAUUAGAAACAUCUGUAUUGUUUGUUCGUCAUUCGAUUAUCUGGAUUUACGUCUGACAGAAUGUGCGUGAAAAGUUUUUCCUUUGUGAUGUUGACGAGUCUGAACUCAAUUGAAUUAAGCCCCUCAUUUUUGUAUCUUUUUUCGGCAGAAUAAAGCAUCAUUUUACUGAAAAUUAACAUAA